AUGGUGGGCCGAAGUUCAGAUAAUAUCGGCACACGCCCCAUAUUUUGUAUCGGCAUAGACUUUGGUACAACUUUUAGCGGUAUCGGUUGGGCGUGGGAUGAUUGUGCUGAUGAUAUUGAGGUGGUCCAGGGUUGGCCUGGAGCAGGUAACAGUAAGUCACCUGUGAAUAUUAAAAAUGGUUCAAGUCUCAAGACCAAAAUAGAAACCUCGCAAAAGGUUCCAACCGUUCUUUCAUACUGCGGCGGCAGGCUUAAAUGGGGAUAUCAGGUGGAUGAUAUGAACGAAGAAGCAGUGAAAAGAGUUAAGCUUCUUCUGGAAAGUCAAGGAGAUCCGAUCUAUGGCCCGGCUGCUCAGAGUAAGGCGGUUAUUGAAAGUCUCAACAAAACACCAAUCCAGGUAGCUGGCGAAUACUUAAAGAAGCUUGUAUCCCAUGCUAGAUGUCUCUUGGAUAGGCGAGGGUUUGGGAAUGCACUGGACACAAUGGACCUCCAGUAUAUACUGACCGUACCGGCGGUGUGGUCAGACAGAGCUAAGGAUGCGACAAUGCAGGCGGCGUGUCUUGCUGGUAUUCCAAGGUCCAAUCUGACACUACUUUCCGAGCCAGAAGCAGCAGCAGUGUACACAAUCCGUGCAAUUCAACCUAAUUCAAUCGCUGUAAGCGCCCAAGAAGCGUGA